AUGCAAGCCAAACCAUCGCGUUUAUUUGUCAAACAAAAGUGUGGUGUGGUGCGGCAAAGGCGCGGCGCGUUCAGGUUGAGCUUGCUUCAGACUACUCGGAUCAAACUCGACCAGGAACCUCCAGAUAUCUCCCCAAACCUCCACAACGCAUCCAGAGCUUCUUCAUCAACGAUCACAGUCAUGGCUUUUGGCCACAAACGAGGCGGGACGAAAGUCUCUGGAGCCAAACUCAAGCCAGCAAUCCCACCGCCAGUCCCCUCUAAUGGAUCUAAUACCGCGAAAGGGAACUCGAAGAAGGGCAAGGGAAAGGAAAUGGGUCCGGUUCCCCGCGAAGUCGAAGAAGAAGAAGAUCAAUACGAUCGCACGUUUAUGGAGUCGCUUCGCAGGGAUAAACCGCCUCUUACUGGAUGUAUCGUUUGUCUCAGUGGAAUCUCCGAGCCAGUCCGGUCUCAAGCUAUCGCGUAUGCUGAGAAACUAGGCGCCAAAAUUGAGAAAGCCCUGACGAUGGACGUCACUCACCUCAUUUGUGAUAAGCCUGGUAGCGACAAAUAUAACGUUGCCAUUAAACACUCUAUUCGGGUAAUGCUUCCUCUAUGGCUCGAGACUCUCUAUUCAUCGUUCACCGAGGGGGAAGAUAUAAACCUCAAUGAUAUCACCCAGCGGUACACAAUGAGGCCAUUACACAGUCUCAAGCUCGCUAUCACUGGUAGGGCUUCUUCUUCUUCUCGCACACCGUUCAUCAAGCUGGCCGAGGACAAUGGGGCCACCGUGUCGAUCGACUUAGAGAAGGAUUGCUCGCAUCUGAUCGUUUUGUCAUCGGUACCUCCCAAUGAAAUCGACCCAACAAUAUUUGAAAUGGAGAAGGUACAAGCUGCCCGGAAGGCCCAAACAAUCAAAGUAGUUUGGCAAGAGUGGCUAGAAGACAUCGAACAGCGUCAAGGUUUUCUUCCUGAAAGUCCAUAUCUUGUCAAAGAAGACGUCCCUCGGCCUGGUCGAUUGGUUCUCUUCGAUUCAGAAUCUGCAAAUGCAACUAUAGAUCAGAAAGAACUCGUCCGUGCCAUGCAGGCUGACAAAUUCGAGACCGCGGUCACUCUCAAGAAUAUGAACACAGGAAGUCAGAAUGCUAUCAUGGCGUCUAUCAUAGCCCAACAAGAUUUGCCGAUUCGCCGACACCCUUCCAAUCUUUCAUUCAAAUCUGCGGACACCGAAAGGCAUCGCAGAAAUAUGGAAGAAGAGCUCCCUCAUAUUUUUCUCCAUAAGACAACUUUAUCAGACCAACCACCUCCUUGCUCUCAUGGUUCAGCAAAUAACUCUACUGUCUCUCAUUCUCUUUUGAAGGAUAUGUCAAAAGAGAGUGGGCCUGCAUCGAUCGUCAAGAAAUUGCGAUGCGCGAAGUCAGAGAAAUUCGGAAACUCCGCAUCAUCUCGCGACCAAACUGAAGCAACCCACCGGAUCGUUCCUGGUCUCUUUCGUGGUCUCAAGAUUUCAUCUAUCGGCUGCAUGCCACUUCAUCAGCGAAAAAUCGCUAGUACUGUGACCCAAUGUGGUGGACAAAUUACCGAGACGCAUUCGACAGCAGACUAUACUGUUGUCCCACUUCUCAACCCGCCUGUCAUUCCUCCUGGGUGUAAUCCAGUCGGUCAUCAUUGGGUUGAGCAAUCCUUAUUUGAACGCAAGAUUAUCAAUCCCGACAAACACUGGAGUGGCCGGCCCGUCCGGCUAGAUUCUUUUCCCAACCCUGAGCAGUACUCAUUCUCGUCGUGUGGUUUCACUGGUGUGGAAGAGCACAUUCUUCAGCAAAUACUGAAGAAAAUGAACUUGAAGUAUGUCGAGCACCCUCGAAGAUCGGAAGUAUCUCAUUUUUUCAUUGGACCGGUCGAAAAUAGUUCGCGAGUGGACAGAGUCAAGUCGUGGCCUGACAAGGUCAUUGUUGAUUUCGAAUGGUUGGUCCGAAUGUGUAAUGGUCGACGUAUUUCAAGCAGUAGUCCACCACCACAUUUAGCUCAUGCAACAGGAACAACUCCUGAUUCAAUGAGCCGCCAACCCCAAGAAAGUACCGACGCCGCUGUUGAUGAUACAAUUCUUUCGGAAUGUGUGAUAUUCAUGACCAGGAAGGCCUCGCUUCAUCCGGAUGCAAAAUUCCUAACUGAUUGUCGUAACCUUGGCGCAAGAGUAGUCGAUAAAUUGAGUGACUCGGUGACACAUGUGGUCCAUGCCACUGAGAGAUCCAAUGAUCCGCUAAGGGAAUUGAAGUGGGCUCGCAGUAGGAAACUCUUCAUCGUUCAUCCUCAUUGGCUGUUAGAGUGCACGACUAAGUUGAAUAGAGCUGAUGAAUUGGAGUUCCCUGCGACCUACAACCCAACACGGGCUUUAUCAUACUGCGCCCCGGCUAGCACUGAAAUUACGAUGGCGGAUGUGACCUCUAAUUCCAUUCUGGCUGAGGUUACCACUGCUAAUCGACGGGGACAUGUAUCUUCAGAACCGAUUUUGGAAAACGAUGAAACAUUUUUUCAAUCGCCUCGCUCGCGAGCCCCGACAGCACCUUUAGCAAACGGCACAUCACCUGCCCCGAUCAUUGAGGACACUUCCGAGCAGAUCGAAACGCUGGCUGAAUCGGAUGAUCACCAAGGGCAUCAACCACCCAGCUCGCAUUAUGCUGCCAGUCCUCAAUCCAAUCACUAUCCCACCUCUUCCCCUUCGUGUCAACCAGAACCUGGGGUCGAUACUCAACUGGGCGGGUUCAUGGAAAUUCUUCAGCAGCGCAAUCGCCUGGUUAAUCUAUCAGGAAAAUCCAAAGAGAAGGAUGGACGACGAGGCAAGAAACGCGGAUUAGAUGAUUCGACUCGAGGGAGUACGAAUAACCAAGCCGAUGAUAGUCAUCCAUCCGCCGCGAUCAGUAAUGGGCUCAAUCGAACCAUUUCCGAGUUUUCGCAUUCAAGUGCAACUGCCAGUCAAAUCGGCGGGCUUCAUGUUUUCGAAGAAAGCAUGGAUGUGACUUGGGAGGACCCGGCAGCAAAGCGAGAAAUUUUGAAAGCAAUCAGCGAUCCGGCUGGAAAGGCGGCCGCUAGAAGGCCUGUUGUUGCUCGUCACCAACAACCUCAAAAAUCCAGUUUAUUAGAUUCUCCUGCUUCGAGGACGGACAACAACAUCGAUGACGAUCAUUUGAAGAAGACUAAGCCUGGCUCUAAGAAGAAGUCCGAUUUCAUCGACGUCGAUGAUGACGAAAAUCGCUGUGAUCAGCAUGACGUGAACGAUGAUGGCUCGGACGAAAUAACGGUUUUACCUCCCAUGAAGAAAAGGAGACCGCGGUUGAUCGACAAAUAA